CUGAACAUAGAAUUACAGGCUACGUUGGAAAGGUAUUUAACAACAAGAAAAAGACGGCUGUUUGUUCGCUGUGAUAAACUGUGUACAACGUUAGCUGGUAAUGAAGUACCGCUUCUUACAAUAACAGCCAGUGGCACCAGAGAACAAAUCGAGGCACGUCAGAUUGCUGUCCUUUGUGCCCGAGUGCAUCCUGGAGAAAGCAACUCGAGCUGGGUCAUGCACGGUGUCAUUGAUGUGCUGAUGAGCGAAGAGGAUAAAGCUGUCCAGCUCCGUAAUCAGUAUGUGUUCAAAAUUAUACCGAUGUUAAAUAUCGAUGGAGUAGUGAACGGAUCACAUCGAUGCAGUCUUGCUGGCGUGGAUUUGAAUCGUACCUGGGAUCGUCCGUCCCCAGAAUUGCAUCCUCCUAUUUUUCAUACCAAAGCUAUUGUACAGUAUAUGGUGGACGUGCUUGGCAAGAAGCCUUUUAUAUUCAUCGAUUUGCACGGAAACGUUUUUAUCUCAGAGGUUUAUUUUCUUCAGGAAUGUGAUUAUUUUUCGUUGUCGAAUUGUCGAUUUAGCAUCACUAGAGAGAAAGAGUCAUCAGGUCGUGUGACGCUAUGGCGACAGUUUGGUGUCACGCGUUCAUACACCAUAGAGUCAACCUAUGCUGGCUUUAACACUGGUCCUCGAAAGGGUUUUCAGGUUGGUAUUUGA